AUGGAUUUUGUAAAAAGAAGUAUUUUUUCCAGGGUAGACAAAUUCAUAGUUCUUCUAUUGCUAUUGACUAUAUUGAUAAAUAAUAUCUAUGGAAUAUAAGUUAGAUAAUACUUGUAGUUGAUUGACUUGCUUAACUAUGAUUAAGCUCAAUGCAGCUUGAUAUAUGGUUAUGAUUAUGGCUACGGUACUACUUACAAGGUGGAUCCGCCUGCUAAGCUUUCAAAUGGGAAAUCUAGGCCUCUUGUAGAGAAAUAUGGUAUAAUGAUUACAUCUGAGUUAUCUGCCAAAUUUUACUUCAAUUUUUUCAAUUUCUUCAGAUAUUCUGUCUUUUACUAUUUCAUACCACUGUACAUUGAACCAUUUUCAAUAAAAUACCAAUUUAUGAGAAUUGAGGACCCAACAACUUCUCCAUAUAUUGCUUUAGGGCUAGCAAGAGAUAUAAAGUUAUUAUAAUUUUAGACGUAUGUUCAAGAAUAAAUGAAAACCAUAAAGGAAUCUGCUCUAGAAUAGUUAUUCGUUGAUGAUUAAUCUGCUAUUAUUCCAGACUUUGAACAAUUCGGAUAUGAGGGAAAUUACAUAAAUAGCUAUUAAGAUCCAUUUUGGUAAUUCAGUUUAGUAACUUGGCUUUAUGAUGAGACAAAGUCAUGGUAUGGUGAUAAAGAUUAUUUCAGCUUUAAGAUCAUUAGUUGA